AAAGUCUAUCUUGUGAAUAGGAAUCUCCGACCGCUGACCAAACUCCAUCUGAGCCUAGUUGUACCUUCUCCUCAACGGCUGCAUUUCACUCCCAAAGUCUGAUCCCAAAGGCCAGCAGCGUUAAGGUAACUGAAAUGACCAGAUGCUAGACCCAGUAGCCUACUGGCGGUGGGCUGGUGGGAGAAUCCCUGACCCCCUGGAUGAGGAUACUACCGGACCUUAAUGUGACUUAGCAGCGUGCCUCCGCAACGGGACAAAAACCUUCAGAGAACUGGAGAACAAGACCCUGUGACGUGUGAGCCGGUGAACCCCGUCAACAUGGCGGCCUGCUUGGACGUCAUUGUGGAAAAGUUGGUGUCACUUUGGAGGAUAUCGGCGGUGCGACAAAACAUCCAUUGGUUCUUCCUGGUUGUUUCGAUCCUGGGCUCUGUUCUCAAAGAGUUCCAGCUCGUUCCUCCCUCGUAUUUCAGCGGGCCCAAAACCUUCCUGAACGUGUACCUGGUGAAGGUAGGCUGGGGAUGGACUCUGCUGCUGCUGACGCCCUUCCUGCUGCUCUCCAACUCUGCCCUGAACCGGGAUGUGGCCUUUCUGCUCCGACGGGUGCUCUCACUGGUCACAGCGACGGCCUGUUGGUUUGUCUGCACUGAGACAUUCCUCUACAUAGAAAAUGUCACCGGCUCGUGUUUUGCCACGGCUGCCCUGGACGUCAGCCACACAGACCUCAUGUCAAAGACCUCCUGUGUGAGGGCCGGCCUUCACUGGCACGGCUUCGACGUCUCGGGACACUCCUUCCUGCUCCUCUACUCCUCUCUCUUCAUCAUGGAGGAGACGGCACCCAUGGCUCACCUGAAGACAGCCAGUCUGUCCACCCUACCCAGAGUAGUCGUCCAGCUGUUGUACAUCGCCCUGAACGUACUCGUAGUGGUUUGGAUAUUCAUGUUUGUGUGUACCUCUGUGUACUUCCACGACCCGUCUCAGAAGUUGGUGGGGAGCCUCUGUGCCAUACUGGCCUGGCAUGGGACUUAUAGGGUGUGGUAUCUUAGGCCAUGGUCCCCUGGUCUCCCCCCGCUCCGCCAGUUCAAACCACAGAAACAACGAGCCUAGUCCUCCUGGUUGACCAGUCCUCCUGGUUGACCAGGCUUACUCGUGGACCAGGCUUACUGGUUGACCAGGCUGUGUAAAGUGUUGUGUAGGUGAAGGCCACAGUCCUGCAGCCCCUGUGGUGGUCAGCACUGUUCCUAAAAGGACCAUUUUAGAAUAAUGCCAAGAAAAUUCAUUAAUAUGCAAUAAUCUUUAUUUGUAUUUUGCUUAUAAAGGUGUGUGUAAGGCAGAUGAAAUAGUCCUAGUAGGCUAGUAUAUAUAUAUAUAUAUAUCUUUUUUUUUUUUUUGAAAGAUCUGACUUUAAACAGGUAAUUGAGAAGCAGGACUAUGCUUCUUAUAAACCCUUCAUGCUUGGACAUUAAGCUCCUAUCACUAUUUUGUUCAAUGGUUAAAUUAACUUUUGGUCUUCUUGCUGUUUUGUUGUACAAAACCUGUGUUCAAACUCAAGUGUUUUAUUUUUCAAGAUCAGCACUAAUUUUUAUUUAUUUCUUAGCAAACAUGGUAUGUGUCAUGUAAUAAGCCUAGCCGAUACGAAAUACAAGAUGCAACAAACUAAACUAGCUCAUUCAGUUUGGUCCUAUUCAAGCCUGCCAUACAUUCGCCUGUUCCUAAGGAAUAGACCAUUACGCUUUGUAGUGGGCAUGUUUAUGGAUGAAAUAAUGACAUUACUAAAUGGGGUCUGGUGGUCGGAGGUUCUUUCUUGUUUCAUUUCAUGACACAUAUUUUUCCACAAAAUGAUGGUAGUUGCAUUUGAGAGAUCUGCAAUACCCAAACAAUCCAAAGCGGUCAAGCUUAAGCAUGUGAUGAGUCACGUCUCAUUAAAGUAAAUAAAGAUAUCAGAUUACAUUUUCAUCAUUUAAUUUUGGUUUUUGAUGGCAACUGAAAAUGUUAAGGCUCAUGAACAAAACAUCAUAAAAAGCACCAUAAAUUAAUCCAUAUUUAUAAAUAUAAAAAAAUAAAAGUAAAAGAUAAAAAAAUACUAUUGUGAGAUAGAAUGGCCAAAAGUAACACCACAUUUUUUGUAUAUGUGAUCCAUGAAACAGACGUCCAAUCCUUAGGCAAGCUGAUUUAAGAAGCACUAAACAUCUCCCACCUAACCUACCAUCAUAAAGAACAAACUGCUCACAAUUAAAGGCUGGUUAUGUAUUGAAA